UUCUUCUGUGUGGGAGACAGAUGGACAGAGAGAGAGAGGAGCAGCGUCUUUGUGUGUCGGUGUGAGUCCUUACUGACUGACUGUGUGCAGAGAGACGAUGCCGCUGUUUCUGUUGCUGUUGCUCGUCGGCGGGUCACAGGCGACUCAUUUCCUUGGGACAGUGAUGACCUACUCCCCAAGAAGUACAAGUGAUGAUGGAAGUCUCACAGUGGUCGUUCGCUAUAAGAUGAACUUUCACUUAUGUGGAUAUUCUGAUAGAUUCUCAUGCUUCAGUGGGAAUUGUGGGACUCAGAUUGCUUUUAAUUUGCGCUUGGUCUACAACGAGAGCAGUGGAGAGUGGUGUCAGACAGAGGGAAUCACGACUCUGCAGGUUCCCAGCAAUGCUCCUUUUUCUGUAUGGUUGAACAGUGGUAACUGGAUAGAUAACAUUGUAAAUGGCAUUGUAUCAUGGAGAGCCUUGACCCUGGUUGAACUGAGGAACCGAUCAGACACUGGCCAAGCCAACAGAUCACCCCAAACCACCAUACUGCCGGCUCUGAGAGUUCCUUCAAACUGUCAGAGAAAUUUCACCCUGUUGGCCUUUGACCCUGACGGAGACGAGGUUAAAUGCAGAUAUGGAAACACAUCAGAGUCAGAGUGUAACCCCUGCACACCAGUGUCUGUUCUCAACCUCUCAUCAACCUGUACUCUGUCAUUCAGCCCCACUAAUACCAGUGAUGAAGGUCCAUACGCAGUCCAGCUGGUGAUGGAGGACUUUCCCAGGCAGACUAUCGGCCUGACUCAGACUGGUGGGGUGCAGACCAUAGUAACUACGAGCGACGCUAUCAGCAAAAUACCUGUCCAGUUUGUUUUAAGAGUGGAUCCUGCUGUGCCAUCCUGCACAGAGGGGCUCUAUUUGCCCAGGUUCCUGCCUCCAACCCCGGCCAACAGAGCUCAGCUGUACACCUCAGUCGGUCAGACCCUGGAAAUCAGCAUCAGAGCAGAGGCAAACAUCUCCAUGAUCUCUGAGCUGCUGUACAGCGGGCCGCACAACAUGGUCCAGAUUACAUCAGGACCAGGACAGUUUGUCUUGCUCUGGACGCCGUCUGGGACUGAAGCUGGAGAAAGUCACCCCAUCUGCUUCGUUGUCCAAGCAGUUCACAAUUCAACCAAGUAUCACUCAGAGCUGCGAUGUGUCGUCGUCAGUGUUGGAAACAAUCCAUCACAAAACAUAACUGCAACCGCAGAGACUCCAACCACCAGUCCAGCUACAGCAGAAACCACAGCAGCAUCCCCACUAAUUGUCUUACAGAUGAGAGUAAGGGUUUCGUCUUCGUUCCAGCUCACUGAGGACUACAUCAACACUGUCCUAAUGAGGGUUAAAGAUGUAAUGGUGAGUUAUGGACUUCCACAAAGCAUCACUCUGACCUACGUGAAAACGCUCUGAACAGGUGUUACAUCCACCAGCGCCCCCUCCUGGUUCAACGUGACUCCUGCAGGAAAACAUCUUAUUUCACUGAACCAUUUUUACGAGCUUUUCCACUGCAGCUUUCUUCCUUUUUUCUUUUUUAAUUUAGAUCAAUUUCAGGGAAACGUAUUGAAAGAGGAUCAGUUUGUCUGCUGUAAACUUGGAAACUGGCUCCAGGUUUGCUUUAGGAAAAUCUGGGAUCGCUUUCAGUCACAGUCUCAGUUUUGGUCUUGAUAAAGGUUGUAAUGGAUAAAUUCUCUUUAGAGACUUUUACUUUAUAAAUAAAUGUAAAAAUGCACAAGAUUUCAAAUUAAAUUGCUGUUUACUGUC